UGCUUAAUGAAAAUCUGAUUUUAGUUUCCCUAAAAUGGAAUGUAAACACUUAGACAAAGCUGUUGAUAUAUCACCUACCUUUGUAAGAAAGUUAAUUGAAGAAAAUAGAAAUUUAUGGACAUGUGCAGAAUGCCGUUCAAAUAAAAGUCCAUGGAUGUGUUUAAAAUGUGGUAUGGUGUUAUGCGGCAGGUAUGUGAAUGGACAUUGCAAAGCACAUGGUGAAUCCAAUGAAUUUCAUUUUGUAUGCAUUGAUGCUUCACUUAUGGUGUUUUGCUAUCAAUGCGAUGAUUUUGUCAUUAAUGAUACCGAAACUGGAACAGUGGAGUUAAUACGAACUGCACUGCAAACUGAAAUCCCACAUCAAAGAAAAAGAAGAAAACGAACAGAAGAACAGUUACUGCAUCCAGAAACUCCUACAAAGUUAUUAAAAUCUUCAUCAAAAGAAAACAUGUACAGCAAUUCACCCAAAAAAUUAAAGACUGUUGGAAUUCGGAACCUUGGAAAUACAUGCUUUAUGAAUGCUAUUUUACAGUCUCUAAGUAAUCUAAAACACUUCAGCUGCUAUUUCAAGGAGCUUCCUGCAAUUGAGUUAAACGAUGAGAAAGGAGACAAUGGAAAGAUUAAAAAAUAUUACACUCGUAGCUAUCAACCUGACGAUCUAUCUUUGGUGGAAGAACUUCGUAAAAUUCUUUGCGCUUUAUGGCAAGGUGCAACUGCAGCUAUAUCCCCAGAUGCAUUAUUUUCUGUUGUUUGGAAAGUUGUUCCACGUUUUAGAGGUUACCAACAACAUGACGCACAUGAAUUUAUGCAUUAUCUGUUAGAUCGAGUUCAUACUGAAUUGUUACAAACUAAUAUUUUUUCGAAUGGCCGUGAUACAAUUGUAUCUGGAAUAUUUGGUGGGCAGCUACAAAGUGAGGUAACCUGUCUAAAAUGUGGAACCAUUUCAAAAAAGAAAGAACCUUAUUGGGAUUUAUCUCUUGACAUUCCAUGUAAAUCGUCCAAGAAAUCGAGUGCUCAAAAAUUAGAACCUAAAUCCAAAGUUUGUCAUCUAACGGAUUGUUUACAACGUUUUAUCGAAGUUGAAGAACUUGAUGAAUCCGAAUGGUACACAUGUGAGAAAUGUAAAAAGAAGCAGCCGUCAACGAAAAAAUUCUGGUUAUUACAACUGCCUAACGUAUUAUGUCUUCAUUUAAAACGGUUUCGUUAUUCACCUCAUGGUCGAACGAAAGUGGACACAUUUGUUCGUUUUCCAAUCACAGAGUUAAAUAUGAAUAGUUACAUGCUAAAACAAGGACAAAAACAACAUAGACUAUCAACAAAGGCACAUGUCUAUGACUUAGCAGCUGCUGUCGUUCAUCAUGGUAGCGGGGCUGGUUCUGGGCAUUAUACAACCUAUGCUAGGCAUGAAGGUGCUUGGUAUAACUUUAAUGAUAGUACAGUUUCGUUAACAAGCGAAGACUCAAUCACACACUGUAAAGGUUACAUCCUCUUCUACACAAGACAGUAUCCUGAUGUGAACAUUAUUGAACGUAUUAAAGAAAAUGUAAAGCGAGCCAAAUAAUUAUAAUAGAUAGAGUGAUUUUCUAAAUGUUUUUAAAAUUUUAUAUUAGUUUUAAAUGACAGCGUGUUGUUGUUGUUUUGUGUGUAUUUUUUGGUUUAGUUGUUUGAGUUUUUGUCAUUGAAUCUAUUAUUUUUUGUGAAUCAUUUGAUGUUUAGUAUUGCAUAAAAUGGCAUUUUACUAAUAAAUUUGUUCACCUUACCAUGUGUUUUAUUUUAAGAAUAAUAACAGGUCCAUAUUUAAGUAUUUGAACUGAUGGUGGAGCAAAAGUUGUCUUCUUGUAUUUAUUUAGUAAAAAUUGUGUAAAAGAUCAUCUAACAGAAACAGCUUUUCUUUUUUCAUAAAUAGGUUGUUACUCUUUAGUUUCAAAUAAACUUCCCCCUCUGCUGCUUGAUAGUUUUCCAACUUUUUUUUAUAUACUUUCUUCUUUGAUAUUCUGCAUGUUCAAGAUUCAAAUUGCUGUUUUUAGUUUCUGCAUUGCUAGAAACCUAAAAAUUCCUUUUUGAAUGUUGAUCCAAAAUUGUUUUAAAUUGUUUUGUACCUGUUGGAUACACAAUUUUAGAUAAGCUGUAUUUGUUUUCUUUUGACUGGAUAUUGUUAAUAAUUAUGUGUGCAAUAAUAUAAAAAAAUAUUGCAUUUAUUGUAUAUAUAGUUUACAAUAUAAUUCAUCUUCUUA